ACCAGAGCGGACGCUGUUGGUUCAGGAGUCGGUGACAGAGAGGGAGGAGGCGAGUUCUUCAUUAACUUGCUUUUACAGACCUUGAACUUACUGACGCUCUCCUACCGGUCAGUCCAGUUUUUCUUCCAGAGAAGCAGCUUAUCUUCAGUGGAGCCUUCGGAUCCGUUCCCCAGGUCACUGAGUGCUGCUGCAGGACUUCACUGAGGGUUUAUUGGUCUUUUGCUGAGCUGGGACUCGUCGUCUGCCCAUUUUCGAGGACUCUUGGCUUCCACUGAAGGAUGAGCAGCGUCUUGUAUUUUGUGCUCCCGGCGCUGGGGGGAUACGCCCUCACCUCCGUGUAUCUGCUGAAGAACCCACAGAUUCUGCACAGGAAGAAGCGCUCUGCUUUUUACAGCAGACACAUCUCACACAGAGGAGGGAGCGGAGAGAGGAUCGAAAGCACCAUGGAGGCCUUCACUAACUCCGUGGAACAAGGCACCGAGAUGCUGGAGCUCGACUGUCACCUGACGAAGGACGGACACGUGGUGGUUUCACACGACGAGAACCUGCUGAGGCAGACGGGCCACGACGUCGACGUCUCCUCGCUGGACCUGAAGGACCUGCCUUUGUACAAGGAGAGGCUGCCGGUGACGUUCCAUGAAGGGCGCUACAGCAGCGGCUCAGACAGGAACUUUGCUCUGCUGGAAGACGUGUUCAGGACGUUUCCCCGGAUGCCAGUCAGCGUUGAGAUCAAGGAGAACAACAAGCCGCUCAUCACAAAGGUUUCUGACCUGGUGAAACGCUACGACAGGGAGGACAUCACGGUCUGGGCCUCUGUGGAGUCCAGCAUCAUGAAGGAAUGCCUCAGAACGAACGACUCCAUGCCGCACAGCUUCAGUAUGAACCGGGGUCUCCUGCUGCUGCUGCUCUUCUACACCGGCCUGCUGCCUUUCGUGCCGCUGGGGGAGAGUUUGCUGCAGUUCUACCUGCUGCGCGUCAUGAACAGGACGUACAUUUCUGACAGCCCCGUCCUGAGGAACAGACUGGUCCUGUAUCUGUUAAACAAAAUAAUGAUGAGGAAGAGUCUCUUCAAACACCUCGCAGACCGUGGGAUUCAGGUGCAUUUGUUCGUUUGCAACGAGGAGGAGGACAUAAAGGCAGCGCUUGACCUGGGAGCCACAGGGGUGAUGACUGACUAUCCAGCGCUCCUGACCAGCUACUACCGCAAAACCAGAAGCCAGCAAUGACCCCGAGCCACAUCCUCACCCGUCACGAACAGCAGCUCAGACCGUGGGAAAACAAAGCCAAGGAACGAGUGACGCGUUUCCUCAUGAUCGUUCAACACUUUAAUGUCUAACCACAGUCACUGUAUGGAAUGACUUCACUGAGACGUGAUCCCCACCCUCAGCCUUCCACACAGCACUUAACAGUAACUGGCCAAUGAUUUGUCAUCUAAUCUAAAUGUGCUAUAUUAAUAUUUAACCAGCGGAACUACAGUAUGGUCAUCUGACUUUUCUCAUGAUUUGAUGGGAAAUGUGACUUUACUGAUAGUAUUUAAUCAGUUUGAGUAAGUGCUGAAUUGAACUAAUUAUGUUCUCUGGAACAACUGACGUUUUACCUUGUGAUGAUGAAAUGAAAGCAAAGUAAAGCUUGCACUUACUUACUGUUAAUAAAGCAGUGAUAACAACA